CUACGUACGGGGUCAUCAACAACACUUCAUACAACUGCAACUGCACCGACUUACAUAUAUCAAUGUCCAUCUACUGACCAUCCCAAUAACAACACCCCUCAUCAGCUAGCCCACUCACCCUGAAUCUCAAUAUCCACAACCCAGCGAAACCAAAGAUGUCCUCCUCAUCCUCCUCCUCCCCAAUCCUCCACCUAACCAGCUCCAUCCAGAUCCACGCCCCCCUCGACGCCGUCUGGUCCGCCCUCACAGACACCACCACCUGGGCCAAGUGGAAUCGCUUCGUGCCCGCCGUGACGAUCCGCGAGCAGCCUUCUCCCCCUUCUCCCCUUGAUGAUGAUGAUGAUCGCCCUACACCCACAACCACAACCACACCGGCACAAGAGACAGAAACAACUCCUCCCACCACCGCUCAACCCUCCCAAACACCAACACCACCAACUGCUAGUGGCGGUGGUGGUGGCGGUGGUACACUCCAAAAAGGCACCCGCAUGACCUUCCACGUGAACAUGCACCCAUCCGCCGCGUCCACGGCGCCGCAGUCUUUCCAGAGUGUGGAUAACCAUGUCGGUCUGGUGGUGACGGAGGUCCUCCCGCCUUCGCCUGCUUCACACCCAGAUAGCCAAGGGGAUGGGGAUGGGAAUGGGGAUGGUAGUCCCGGGCCUACGGCUACAGCUACACCUACGGCAACCCGCCGAGCAAGAAUCACCUGGGCGAACGAUACCGCCUUCCAGGGCCGGGUGAUGGCCGCGCUUCUGUCGGCGGAGAGGGUGCAUGAGCUGGUGGAGCGGGAGGUUGUGGAUGCCUCCUCUGGAAGUGUGAGGGUGGUGACGGAGGUGACGAAUUGGGAGGUGCAGGAGGGGUAUCUGGCGUAUGUGGUCAAGUGGGUGUUUGGGCGCCGGUUGGAGGAGAAUUUCCGGUGCUGGGUGGAGGAUUUGAAGGGUUUUGUGGAGGGGCAGCAGCAACAGGGAAAGAUGGGUUUGGGGGGGGAUGGGGAUGCUUGAGGUGGUGUGGGGUGAUAUGAGGUGAAGGUGAAGG